AAAGUACGCUGAAUGUGUGGAAUAAUGUAAAACUGUAAUUGCCACUUAGCUGGAAUCAAACGGUUUACUUUUCUAUUCAAUUAAACUUUUACGAAUGCUAUUCACUGGUUUAAUCAUAAAACAGUGGUUUAACUAUCUGAACAUCUUCACUGUCCAUUUCUGCGUGUGCUAAAGAGCACUGUAGUAAAAGUAAGAUUUAUUUAUCGAAUUCAAUUUAUUUAACGAUACACCACCAAGCAGCGACCUUCUAUUAUUUAGGACAAGCGAAAUCUAUUUAGAAAUAAACUAAAUCUAGUUAUUGGGGGAACGUAUAAUCUUAGCUUAAGCAGGGUAUUUGGAUAUGAUUGUUUCGGAAAUAACAACAAGCUUAGUUCUCACCGAAAAACAAAGGGGUCUUACUUAGCUGGCUUGGAAGCGAGUGCCUCUGGUUCGUUAUAAUUUCUAGAGGGAAAACUUGUCCAUCGGUUGUAUAUUUUCUACUACAUGUAAAUCCACAAAAUGGACACACCCAAAAAGGUAGACUCGCAGGCGACCAGUGCGCACAUGCUGAUCGAUGUGCAGACCCCAAAGUCCAACCCGACGGCCUCCACGUUCACCCGCAAGACAAUGGAGUCCGCCUCCAGGUUCACGAGGGCCAACAUGGUGUCGCUGCCCUCGUCCUUGUCGGUGCCCACUUCCCGCAUGGUGGCGCAGGCGCAGCUGAACGCCGCCUCGCCGAUGGGCAAGUACACGGAGCGCAUGGUGGAGGACAUCCUGAACGACAUCUUCAAGGAGCGCCGCGGGGAGUUCCCGGAGACCUCCUCCUCCUGCCACCUGGCCGAGAAGCCCUGGCCGCGCGAGGAGCGGGAGCCGCACGUCGACCGCCGGCUGCGCUACUGGAAGGAGGUGCUGCUCGAGCGCAGGAAGAUGCAGAAGCGCGUCCAGCAGGAGACGGGCAAGCUGGCCAGCGAGGUGCUCUUCAACCGCCGCUCCACGCUGGACAACCGCGACGGGCAGACGGUGAAGCGGCUGCUGGACUACGCGGAUCGCAUGGAGUGCGAGCACUUGAUGGCCGCGGCGGGUGGGCAGGUGGGCAAGCUCAAGGACCAGCAGGACCCCUGCACCUGCCAGAGGAUUCCCGGCCUGGAGGCCACGCCCCCAAAGGCGGAAAGGGUGGGCUACAAGGACGUGGAGAUCAUAGGCCUGCCCGAUGUCAGCAAGCGGGAGCUGCUGGGCAAGGAGGCCUUGGAGCAGAGGGCUCUGCCGGGGUUCCUACAGUCGGAUUUCCUGGACGAACGGCUGGAGCAGCGCUUCCCGGCCAUCCAGAACGUGGUGGAGUUCUUUCCCGAUCUGGACAGUCUGCAGGUCAAGGGAACGGGCAUUGCCAAGCUGAAGCCUCCGCCGAAAACCAUCCUGGUGAAGGCGGACUCCAUGCACUCGGUGACCAACAGCGACAGUACGCCCAUCUGCUCCGAGGAGUGCGUGUCCUGCGAGUCCUGCGGCGCCACGGAGGACCAGUCGACCCAGGAACCAGUGGUGGUGCCCGAAGUGGGGCUGCGGGUCAACGGGGUGGACUACAUUCCGGGUGAAGGCGACACCGGCGGGAUAAAGGACUGCUACGAGAUCGUCACCCGGUUCAGGUGCGAUCCCUUCCAGCGGAGGGUUAAGCACAUACUGCAGCUGACGAAUAUCGGCAGGCAGAUGCUCUCCUUCACCUGGAAGCAGAGCACCUACUACUACAACCGGGGUUCCCUGCUGCUGGCCAGGGACAACGAGUUCUACCUCGACCUCGAGGGGUUCCGGCUGUCGCAGGGGGAGACCCGCAACCUGACGGUGCUCUACCAGCCGCGGAAGGUGGCCAUGUCCGUGGAGCUCUGGCUGCUCCAGGUGGAGCCGCGCAUCUUCUGCGGCCGGCAGGAGUCGCUGCUGCUCCGCCUCCACGGACGCUGCUCCCCGCCGGCGGACUACAUGGCCAAGCUGCUCGAGUGCCAGUGCGCCUGCAUCUGCAAGUCGGACGCGGUGGCCAUGGACAAGCUGACCACGCACCUGGGAGCUCUGGCUCCGCUGGUGGUUCCUCCUCCCACCUGCUGUCCCUACGAUCGUGCUCUCGACGACCGCGAGGCCUUCAACGCCCUGAAUCCCGGCUACAACUGCGUCCGGUUCGAUGACCUCGAGGUCCUCCGAUCCCUUCACCAUCGAUUGAAGAAGCCACGCGAACCGCUCUGGGAUCUGCGACUCUCCACGAUCAAGGACUACAUCCUGCGAGUGGAGAGUUUGGUGGAGCGGGAAGCGACCUUUGCCGAGUUCACCGAUCUGCUCGCUCCUCUGAUGGGCACUGGAUCCCCCCUAAACACCCCUUUCCAGCGGAGUGAGCAAAAUCAACGCUCACGGUUCAUCUACGUGCGCGGGGUGAUUUGCAAUGGCAUCGCCGAGUGGGAGGAUCUCAUGUUCAACGUGGAGGACUCGUUCUUCAAGCCGGAGCUUCAGCGGUUCUACAGGAACCUGCUGGGGCAGCUGGAGGAGGGCGACGAGGAGCAGGAGGAGGAGAAGCCUGAGCAGCCGAGUCCCGUGACACCCAUCGAUAUGGAAAAACUCAUGGAAAUUAUCGGGGAGGAGCAAAUGGAUGAAGAACAGAUCCGGACGGCGGUGAUGCGCAAGUUGUACCACUCCAAGUACUUCCGGGACUCCCUUUACAUACAAACCUACUCUCAUCUGUGCAACAUGGCCGAGGACAUUGUGUCCGUCAUCGAGAGCACUGAAGUCGAGCCGGACCUUUCACCAGGAAACUGAAACAAUUGCGUUACUUUGGAAAAUGGCAGCACAAAUCGAUUGUUGUCUUCAUAGUGUAUUUAUUUGCGUGUAUCAGAAAUAAAACGGGAAGUGCUUAGGUGCGGUUAAAAGA